AUGGGCCGGCGGAAAGUCAAAGCGUUGCGUCCAGAGCGACCCCGGAGACCCCCGUCGGCAGAGCCGGAGUCCAGCUCGGCCAGUGCAGAAGGUGCAACCCGCCGGGCACAGGCCCAGGUCCAGGGCCGAGGGGAGGCCCAUGCACGGGGAUCUGGCUCCAAAGCGGCCCAGACUGGGGGUGCAGAGCCCCGCGGGAGCAGCAGCAAGCCCCGGGCAGAGGGGAGCAGAGGCCGCCCCGGGCCUGGGCCUGGGCCUGGAGCUGAGUCCUCGCCGGACGUCCAGGACGGACGGAGCCGCGGAUCCAGGGGCAGCGGGGAGCCUGGAGAGAGCAGAGGGGGGCGCCUGGGGGAGGGCGAACCCCGACAUGGGCGCGAUCCCGGAGGGCGGCGGAGAGGGAAAGGGAAGGCCCGGGGCACCCCUGCCCCGCGCAGCCGCCCACCUCGGCGCGGCCCGGACGGGGACACGUCGUCGGGCAGGGACGGGGACAGCUCCUGCGUGGACAGCGAGGCUCGCCGGGGCCGGGGAGGGGGCAGGCGGGGCGCAGAGUCGCCGCCACGAUCGGGGGGCUCCGGGACGGAACCGGGAGCGCAUCUGGGGGGCCCGGGCCUGAGCUGUCACGACGCCCCUGCAGAGCGCCCGGGCCAGGAUGCCCCGGCCGGGCCCGGGUUCGAGCCCCAGGGCGGGAUCGAGGCCUCCAGGACCGACUCGGACUCGAGUCCCGGGAACGCCGAGCCCCGCGGGGCCGAUCUGAGCUGCGCCCCGGCUUCUGGGGACGUCGAGCGGGGCCGGGACGAGGGCGACGGCGGGGCCUGGGGUGGCAGGGCUGGUGGGGCGGCGGCAGGGGCAGGGGCAGGGGCAGACCGAAUCGGUGCCCCCGGGGCGCCGCUGUCCGCCCUCGUGGCGCUCCGCAGGCUCCGUGCCAGGCCGCCCCCAAGCCCCGCUCCCCAGGCCGCGGGCGCCCCCCGCACGGAGCUCAAGCGGCGGAUGAUGCGCGUGGUCCGUGCCCUGGGGCUCCUGCGCUGGUUAAUGCGGCUGCUCCCGAGACCCGCAAGCCAAGGGCGAGGGGCGGGGCCAAAGGUGGAGAGGCGGGGCCUAGAGCAGGCUGAGGGCGUGGCCUCGAGUACCGGGGCGUGGCCUCGAGUAGGCGUUGGGUCUUCAAAAGGCAAUGGGCGGGGCCUCGAGCAAGAUGAGGGCGGGGCCUCGAGCAUCGAUUCGGGUGCUCCAGUAGGCAAGGGGCGUGACCUCGAGCAGGAUGAGGGCGGAGUCUCUAGCAUCGGGGCGGGGCCUCGAGUAAGCAAGGGGCGGGGCCGCGAGCAAGAGGUGGGCGGGGCCUCGAGUCUGGAGGCUGGUGCUCGAUUAGGAAAGGGACGAGGUCUCGAGCAGAACGAGGGCGGGGCUUCAAUCAACGGGGCGGGGCCUCGAGAAGGCGCGGGGCGGGGCCGCAAGCGCGAAGAGGGCGGGGCCGCACGCAUCGAGGCGGGGCCUCCAGUAGGUGAGGGGCGUGACCUCGAGCAACGUGAAGGAGGGGCCUCAAGCAUGAAGGCGGGAUCUUACGUAGGCACGGGGCAGGGGCAGGGGCGGGGGCGGGGCUUCUGGUCUCGGGGCGGGGCUUCUGGUCUCGGGGCGGAGCUCCAUGAAGCCCGGGGGCGGGGCCUCGAGCAGGACGGGGGCAGGGCGUCGGGCUCGGAGGCGGGGCCUCGAGUAGGCGCGGGGCGGAGUUUAGAGCGCGAUGGAGGAGUGGCCAUGCACCUAGGGGCGUGGCGUGGGCGGGGCCGCGGGGCUGGGCUGUGGCGCCGUCUAGCGCGGCGCCUGGCGGAGCUGUCAAAGGCGGGACCGCGGCCGCUUGGAGCUCCCCCCGACGGCGAGGUCGAGCCCCGGGACCCGCAGUUCGCCGUGGUGCUCCCCAGGCCUCGCGGGGCGGCGCAGGGCGACGGGGAGACGCCGGUGCACUGGGCCCAGGGCGCGGACUCUCGCGUGGACUCCGGGCCCGACCCCGGCGCGCUGCUGCCGCGCCUCGCCCUGGAGACUCGCCUGCGGCGAUCGGGGAGCGCGGGGCCCGGGGUCGCCCCAAGAGAGCGCUGGGAGCCCGAGGACGAGGCGGAGGCGGCGCUGGAGCGGGACCUGGAGCUGAGCCUCGGGCCCGGCCUGGAGAUGCCCGCGAUCGGAGCCCGCAGGAGCCGCGGCGAGGGCCUAGAGGAUACCGAGGACCUGGCCCGGCUGCAACCCGUGUGUGACAGCUCCGUGCUGCUGUGCCUGAAGAAGAGGUUCCACCUGGGCCGCAUCUACACCUUUGGGGGGCCUCUCCUGCUUGCUUUGAACCCCCAUCAACCCCUGGCUCUCUUCUCUGCUGAAGUUCUGGCCAGCUACCAUCCGGGGAAGGCCCCCAACAUGGCCCCGCACAUCUUUGGCAUCGCAGCCUCUGCCUACAGCCUGGCCCAGGGUACUGGGCAGAACACUUGUAUCUUGCUCAGUGGGCACAGCGGCUCAGGGAAGACGGAAACUGCCAGAAAGCUGGUGGAGUUCCUGUCCAGCUUGCAGCAGGAGCCAACAAGGGACAGAGGGUGCCAGCUGGCCAAUGUGCUGCCCAUACUUAGAAGUUUUGGCCAUGCCAAAACCAUCCUUAACGCCAACGCCAGCCGCUUUGGCCAGGCCUUUCAUCUCUGCCUGCAGCAUGGAGCCAUCGUGGGGGCAUCCGUGUCACAUUACUUGCUGGAAGCUUCCAGAGUGACCUUCCAGGCCCAGGCUGAGAGGAGCUUCCAUGUUUUUUAUGAAGUUCUGGCUGGGCUGGACCCAGUGGUCCGGGAGCGACUGUCCCUGCAGGGGCCAGAGACUUAUCACUACCUCAACCAGGGCAGGGCCUGCUGGCUGGAGGGCAAGGAGGAUUUGAGGGACUUCCAGGAGCUGGUGAAAGCCCUGCAGGCAUUGGGCUUGCGCCCUGAGGAGCUGGCUGGGAUCUGGGCUGUGCUAGCUGCCAUCCUGCAGCUGGGCAACAUCUGUUUCUCCUCAUCAGAGCGGGAGUCACAGGAAGUGGCGGCCUUGUCCAGCUGGGCUGAGAUCCAUACAGCUGCACGCCUGCUUCGGGUGCCACCCGAACGCCUGGAGGGGGCUGUCACCAGAAGGGCCACAGAGACGCGCUACGGCCGGGCCUCCCGCUCCCUCCCUGUGGAGAGUGCCUUGGAUGCCAGGGAUACCCUGGCCAUAGUCCUGUACUCGAGGCUCUUCUCCUGGCUCCUGCAGAGAACCAAUGCCCGCCUGGCAUCAUGCUUGUCACCAGCCACAGAAGGGGGUGUCACAGUCACCAUCGUGGAUGUCUAUGGCUUUGAGGCGCUGCGUGUCAAUGGCCUGGAGCAGCUUUGCAACAACUUGGCCAGCGAGCGGCUGCAGCUUUUGUGCAUCCAGCUGCUGCGAGCCCAGGAGGAGGAGGAGAGUCUGCGGGAGCUGCUGCCCUGGACGCCGGGUGCACCGCCUCCCGGGGACCCCUGCCUCGGGCUGCUGGCCGGCCAGCCCCACAGUCUCCUGGACAUCCUGGACGCCCAGACGCGGCUGUCCCAGGCCACGGCCCACACGUUCCUGCAGCAGUGCCACUACCGCCAGGGCGAGCAUCCCUGCUACGUCAGACCCCUGCAGCCUCUGCCCGUCUUUACCGUGCGGCACUCGGCCGGGACUGUCACCUACCAGGUUCACAAGUUCCUGAGCAGAAACCGGGACCACCUUGCCCCAGAGGUGGAGGACAUGCUGGCACAGAGCCAACUCCAGCUGGUGGGUAGCUUGUUCCAAGCUGGUGUUGGGCAAGACAGUGCCACGCUGGCCUCACGCUUCCAGCGCUCCUUGGGGGACCUCUUGGCUCAGCUGGGCAGGAGCAGAGCCUUCUUCAUCCAGUGUAUCCAGCCCAACCCCAGGCAGCUGCCUGGUGCCUUUGAUGUGGGACACGUGGCAGAGCAGUUGCACCAGGCAGGCGUCCUGGAGGCGGUGUGCAGCCGUAGUGCCAACUUCCCUGUGCGCAAGCCCUUCCGGGAUUUUCUGGCCAGGUUUCGGGCCUUGGGGACAACUGGACAGGGGGACAUCUCUGAUCGGGAGCGAUGCAGCGCCCUCCUGAGCCAGGUGCUGGGGUCCGAGUCCACACUCUACCACCUCGGGACCACCCAGGUGCUGCUGCGGGAGUCUGGUUGGCAGCAGCUGGAGCAGCUCCGAGCCCAGCGGCGUACCCAGACCUUGCUUGCCCUGCGCCGCGGCCUCCGUACCUGCCUUUCCCAUCAGCGUCUCCGCCUCCUGCCACGCAUGCAGGCCCGGGUGCGAGGGCUUCAGGCCAGGAAGCGGUACAUACAGCGGCGGACGGCACUGGCUCGACUGUCUGUGUCGCUCCUGGUAGUUCGGCCUCUGCUCUGGACACGCCGGAGGCUGCAGGGACUGACCAUUCUUGCCCACUUCCCGGCACCCCAGCAGACGGGCACCGCGCCCUGGGCUGAAGGCUGCGGACGCCCGGGUGUGGUCAGCAAGGAGUUGGUGGAGCUGAGUCGUGUGGAGCUCCCGGCCGAGCUGGCCGUCAUGCUGAAGAUGGCAGAAGGCCAGCAGCAGACCCUGGCCGAGAGCAUCACGGAGUCCCUGCCCCCCGAAGUCCCCGCCCGGCCCAGCCUGACCCUCCCCACGGACAUCAACAACUUUCCCUUCUCCAGCUUCAUCUCCAUUGGCUUUCAGGAACCAGCCCUGCCCAAUCCCGGGCAGCCUCUGACCAAGCCCCUGACCCGGAUGGAGGGUGAGGACCCCCAGAAAGCGCUGGAUAUCAACAAGGUGAUGCUGUGGCUUCUUCGAGAUGGCUCCCUGCAGCCCUGGCAGGAGCUGACCCUGGGCACAUACCUGGUGCGGCAGGGCCAGCGCCAUCCAGGGCUGCGGGAUGAGCUCUUCUGCCAGCUGGUGGCCCAGCUUUGGCACAAUCCAGAUGAGCAGCAGAGUCAGCGCGGCUGGGCCCUCAUGGCGGUCCUGCUGAGUGCUUUUCCCCCGCUGCCCGCCCUGCAGAAGCCACUGCUCAAGUUCGUGUCUGACCAGGCGCCCCAGGGCAUGGCUGCCUUGUGCCAGCACAAACUCCUGGGGGCGCUGGAGCAGACCCGGCUGGUCCCCGGGGCGGCUCGGGUGCACCCUCCGACCCAGCUGGAGUGGACUGCAGGGUGGCGGCGGGGCCGCAUGGUGCUGGACAUCUCCACCUUCAAUGAGCAGUGUUACUCAGCAGAGGUGGGGUCCUGGACCACGGGGGAACAGCUGGCCGGUUGCAUUAUGCAAGCACAGGGCCUGGAUACGCCCCCUCGUGGCUGGUCCGUGUCACUGCACUCCGGAGACUCCUGGCAGGACCUCCUGGGCUGUGACUUCGUGCUGGACCUAAUCGGCAAGAUUGAAGACCUGGGGGACCCCACGCCCCCCCGCAGCUACCCCAUCACCUCCCGGAGCCUAGUCGAGGACAUCCCACCCGUCCCUGGCUUCCAGGCCCCCUCGUACCCCCCAGCCCCUCCUCCAGGUCCAGCCCCAACACUGCCUGGCAGGAGCUUCUCAGGUGAAUCCCAGGCCCCAGGGAGUUUGGACGGCUUCCUGGACCACCUCUUCGAGCCUGUCCUCUCCUCAGGCCCCAGUGACCUGGAGCAAGGCUGGACUCUGAGCAGCCGCAUGAAAGGAGGGGGUGGCAUUGGGCCCAUGCAGCAGGGCAGCUACCCCAUGAUGUACCCCGGUAUGAUGCCAGCAUACCAGCCUGCCAUGAUGCCAGCGCCUAUGAUGCCACCCAUGAUGAUGCCCCCACAGCUGCCUCAGCCGCAGUUUCCGAGCCUGAACUCACAGGAGCUGAUGCGGCAGCAACAGGCCUUCAUCAACCAGCAGGCCAUGCUCCUGGCUCAGCAGAUGACUGCAGAAGCUAUGACAAUGUCCCGGGAGCAGCGGUCGCAGCAGCAAAAGACGCAGCAGCAAAAGACGCAGCAGCAGGAGCCCGCCACGCCCCAGGCGCCCGCCACGCCCCAGGCGCCCAAGUCCAAGAAGCCACCAGUGCCCGUCAAGGAGCCAGAGCCAGAGUCGGAGCCAGAGCUGGAGCCUGAGCCGGAUGAGUCUCCAUGGGACACCUGUGACGGGACCCUGAGUCCCAGGAGCUUCCAGGAGAAACGGGCCUACUUCCUGAAGAUGGGGCAGAAGCCGGCCAAGACCAUCAAGAAGCGCCCCACCAAAGUGUGGACGCCCCCUGAGCCCCCUAAGGUGGAGCAGGAAGAGGAGCCCAGAGCAGAGAGGCCCCUCGCUCCACCCCCGGUGGCCAGGAAGCCGGCGGCCAGGACGGAGCCCCCAGGCAGAGAGGUGGUUCGCGGCAGCUCCACGGAGCCCACGCCCCGGCCCCAGCCCAGCCGGGAGAUCGGGAACCUGAUCCGCAUGUACCAGAGCCGCCCGGCCCCGGUGCCCGCGCCCGUGCAGCCGCCCAGGAAGCCCCCGAAGUUGUUCGCCAAGAAGAGCGACCCCAAGGACGAGGCGCUGGCCAAGCUGGGCAUCCAAGGCUCGCAGCCCCCCACGUCGCCGCUGUCGCCCGGCCCCAGGAAGGAGCCCGCGCCCCCCGUGGCCCCGCGCCCGCAGCACGCCCGGCGGCAGGGCCCUUGCAGCUCCAUCAAGGAGAAGCAGGGGCCCCUGCAGCAGCUGUUCAGCCAGAGGGCCGCCGCCGAGGCCCCCCGCGCGGCUCCCGUGGCCCCCGCGCCGCCGCCGCCGCCGCCGCCCCCGGGGCCCCCUGGAUUCCCCGGGCCCCCGCUGCCUCCGACGCCGCCCCCGGAGAGCCAGAGCUCGGAUGCCCCGGCCAGGGCUUCCAGGGGCCUGGCGGAGCCCAUGCACGACACGGGCUUGUCCACGCAGCUGCACGUCGCCUCGGCCAGCGUGUGCUUCUCCUACGCCCACCCGAGGUGGAAGCUGUUUCUGCGCAAGGAGCUCUUCUAUCCCCGGGAGAACUUCAGCCACCCCAGGUGCCUCGGGCUCUUGUGUGAGCAGAUCAUUCGAGACACCUUCGCUGAGUCCUGCAUUAGAAUCUCCCCAGAUGAGCGGCGCCGGAUGAAGGAGCUGUUGGGAGACCUGGGGGUGGGCCUGGACUCGCUGCACAGUGCUGAGGACAGUGCGAAGAAACGCAUCGUGAUGGCUGCGCGGGACAAUUGGGCCAACUACUUCUCCCGCAUCUUCCCUGUCUCGGGGGAGAGCGGCAGUGAUGUGCAGCUCCUGGGUGUGUCACACCGAGGUCUUAGGCUGCUCAAAGUGGCACAGGGCCCCAGCUUCCAGCCAGAGCGGCUGAAGACGCUCUGCUCCUACAGCUUUGCUGAGGUGCUGGCGGUGGAGAGCCGAGCCGGUGACGCCCUGGAGCUGACCCUGAAGAACGAGCAGCUAUUGCUACGCACAACCUGGGCAGACGCCAUUGUGGCGUUGGUGGGCCUGUUCCUGGCCGAGCUGAAGAAGGAUUCAGAUUACGUGGUGGCUCUGAGAAGCUACAUCACGGACGACCACAGCCUCCUCAGCUUCCAGCGUGGGGACCUCAUCAAGCUGUUGCCAGGAGCCCCUCUGGAGCCAGGCUGGCAGUUUGGCUCUCUGGGCGGCCGCUCCGGACUCUUCCCUGCCGACAUGGUGCAGCCAGCUGCGGCUCCCGAUCCUUCCUUUGCAGCAGAGAAGAAGGGUGGCCAGAAAAAGGACCGAGGUCCUAAGAAGCAUGGCGAGGACAUGGAAUAUGCCAGCCAGCCACCUUCUGUGAGCAGCAUGGCCACAUCAACCGAUUCCCAGGACUACAGCAUGCAGGAGUUCGCACAGAGAUACUUCUGGAAGCCCCAGGGCUCGCUGAACUCCAUGGGCCUUGACAACGUGGCUGGCCUGGUCUGCUACACCAAGUACCCCAUCCAUCACUCCCUCAUCGACUUCACGGAUGAGAAGGUCAGCAAGCAGGCGGUGGACAGCUUCCAGACACUGAGGCAGUUCAUGGGGGACCAAGCUCGGCCCCGUGGCAAGAACGAACUGGACCUCGUUUACUCGCUUCUGAAGUUGUGUUGCCAGGAGCAGCUAAGGGAUGAGAUUUAUUGUCAAGUCAUCAAGCAGGUCACAGGACACCCCCAGCCCAACUUCUGUGCCCGUGGCUGGACCUUACUCAGUCUCCUUACUGGCUUCUUUCUGCCAUCGCCCAAGCUCCUGCCCUACGUCACCAAGUUUCUGCAGGAGUCAGGCCCUUCCCAGAUCAGCCAGGAGAACCUCCAGCGCACAGUCAAAUACGGGGGCCGCCAGCGGCUGCCCUCCCCGGGGGAAAUGAAGGCUUUCCUGAAAGGUCAAGUGUCCCGCCUGCUGGUUGUCCACCUGGCGGGCGGCACCACCUACAAGACCAACAUCCAGACUUUCACCGUGGCUGUGGAGGUGCUGGAGCAGCUGUGCACCAACAUGGGCAUCACGGACCCACAGGAAGUCCAGGAGUUCACCCUCUUUCUCAUCAAAGGGGAAGGCCAGCUAGUUCGGCCCCUGCGGCUCCACGAGUACCUGAACAGUGUGAUGACAGAUCGGGACGUGACCGUGCACAGCCGCCGGCUGGGCUGGGAGACCCCGCUGCACUUCAGCCACCCCACUUACGUCAGCGUUCACUAUCACCAGGUACGGCUUGACUACGUGCAGGGGAAGCUCCCGGUCAGCGCACAGGCGGUUGCCCAGCUGGCCCGGCUGGCGGCUCUGCAGUACUUGAGCCAGGACCACAGGGACGACGCCCAGCCAAGGCAAGCCCUGUUGUAUCUGCCGCAGCCGCUGCUCCCGCAGGUGGAAAUGGCUGUGGUCAAGGACCUGCUGGACCAGGAGCUGAGGAAGCUGCAAGGCUGCAGCACGCAGGAGGCCCAGAUCAGCUUCAUUGAGGCCGUGAGUCAGCUGCCACUCUUCGGACACACCGUAUACGUGGUGCUGCGGGUCAGCGAGCCCAGCCUGCCUGGGUACAGCCUCCUAGGGAUCAACCGCCAGCAGCUGGUCCUUGUGGACUGCAGCUCCCAGACACAGUGCUGCGCCAUCGCACUGCAGGAUGUGCAGAAGCUUCGUCUGCUGAGUCCACAGGAGAAACAGGGGUCACCCGGCCUGGAGGUCAAUUAUGGCCCCCCCACCAACCCCCGCACCAUCUGGUUCGAGCUGCCACAGGCCCAGGAGCUGCAGCACACUAUCGCCUUCCUGCUGGAAAAUUCAGCUGCCACUUAG